AUGUCCCGCGAAGCCUACCAAGUCCCCGCCCUCGACAAUCAAACCGCCUUUGGCAAUGGUGGCGGCGCCGGCGCUGGUGGUGCAGGUGGUUAUACGCAACCCCAAGUCCAGUCCUCACGAUACAUCUGCGGUGAAUGCGAUGCAAAGUUUUCGUUGCCUCCUAAUGCGACGUUGAGGUGUACGGAGUGCGGACAUCGGAUAUUGUAUAAGGAGCGCACGAAGAGAAUUGUCCAGUUUGAGGCACGAUAA